UGUAACCUCAGGAUUCCAUUGAUCACCCUGUUUCUUCUUGAUAUGGCUGGAGACAUGCCGGCAGGGUCGACGUUGGAAGCUGAUCAAGUGGUCUUUAACCAGCUCCGACAGCUUCCUCGGUACCGCAUACCCUCUAUCCUGCACGAUUUGCGGAAUUUGGAACGGAAGGUUUUCCCUCCUAAUGAAGUAUUUCCCUUCGAAGACAACCCUAUCGCAAAGCAGAAUAUGGUAGUCCUUGUUGGAUUGUCAAAUCAGUCAAAGGUGUCGGAAAUGGUUGCCUACGCGGUCUGCAUAAGAUGGAACGGUCGACUGCUAUUGCAUAAGAUCUGUGUCGCGCCAGCCUAUCGUCGUAUCGGCAUAGGGACAAAGCUAAUCCAAAUGAUCGUCGAGUGUGCUCGCCGCUGGUCCUGUCGAGGAAUUGACCUCUGGGUCCACGAAGCCAAUUACAAUGCCAGAUGCUUAUACUCGAGAUCUGGCUUCGAGCUUCAGGAGACCGUGACUGACUACUAUGCCAAAGGCCGAAAUGGAAUCAAAAUGUGUCAUGUUCUGGAGGCUUGACCCGCAGAUCUCAAUGGCGCAUACUCAUGGCGCAUUCUCUGCGAAGGCUAUCCCUUACAUGCACGAGUGCCAGGUGGUUACCAGCC